UCUGUGUCCAGGAUCAGUCAGUCAAAGUCUGUCUUCAGUCAGAGUGGAAACAGCAGAGAUGUUCUCCCCAUCCCCUUCAACCAAUCACAGACCUCUGCCCCUCACACCAGUGGCUCCCCUCAGGUCCUCAGUCCCAGUAUGUCUGGUCCUCCCAACGUUCAGCCCAGAAGAAGCUCCAGACUGUUUACUAGUGCCAGCUCUACUGCCAAGGAGAACAGUAAGAAGUUAAAGAUGAAGUUUCCAACAAAGAUCCCCAACAGGAAAACAAAAUGUAAAUCAGCAAAGACUUCAAACAGCACCAACCUGAACGAGAGUCUGGACAUCCUGAGACUGGAUCCCAGUCUGAGUCUACCAGACACCAAGAUCCCCCAGUACCAAAGGGCUGCAGCAGACAGCGUGAUGGUGUUGCUACGGGAACUGGGACGUGGUUACCAGGCGCUGUGCUCGUACAACUGCAGAGAGGCAAUCAACAUCCUUACCUCCCUUCCUCCCCAGCACUACAACACUGGCUGGGUCCUCACGCACAUUGGCAGGGCUUACUUUGAACUGGCAGAGUAUACACAGGCGGAGCGUCUGUUCAGCGAGGUCCGAAGGAUCGAGUCGUACAGAGUUGAAGGGAUGGAGAUUUAUUCGACCACACUGUGGCACCUGCAGAAAGACGUGGCCCUGUCCGCGCUGUCCAAAGACCUGACCGACAUGGACAAGAACUGUCCUGAGGCCUGGUGUGUAGCAGGUAACUGUUUCAGCCUGCAGAGGGAGCACGACAUCGCCAUCAAGUUCUUCCAGAGAGCCAUCCAGGUGGACCCAGGCUUUGCGUACGCCUACACUCUGUUGGGUCAUGAGUUUGUUCUGACGGAGGAGUUGGACCGAGCACUCGCCUGCUUCCGCAACGCCAUCAGAGUCAACAACAGACACUACAACGCAUGGUAUGGUCUGGGGAUGAUUUACUACAAACAGGAGAAGUUCAACUUGGCAGAAAUUCACUUUAAGAAAGCUCUGAGUAUCAACCCUCAGAGCUCCGUGCUGCUCUGUCACAUUGGAGUGGUGCAACAUGCGUUGAAGAAGUCUGAUGCGGCUUUAGAGACUCUGAACAGAGCGAUUGGGAUCGACCCCAAAAACCCGCUCUGCAAGUUCCACCGAGCGUCCAUACUGUUCGCCAACGACAAAUAUAAGGCGGCUCUCCAGGAGCUGGAGGAGCUGAAACAGAUUGUUCCCAAAGAGUCUCUGGUUUACUUCCUCAUAGGAAAGGUGUAUAAGAAGCUGGGUCAGACUCACCUGGCUCUGAUGAACUUCAGCUGGGCGAUGGAUCUGGAUCCUAAAGGAGCAAACAACCAGAUCAAAGAAGCCAUCGACAAGAGAUACCUGCCAGAGGACGAAGCGGCUGAGGUGGACGACAGUCAGGACAGCAGUAUCAUGACGGACGCCGAUGACACGCAGCUCCACACAGCUGAGAGUGAUGACGUCCUUUAACCCCGCCAACCUAAUGAACCCCGCCCCCUGCUCGAGUCAAGCCCAACCCCCUGUUCUGAUUGGCAGGAGGAGUACUGUUGCUAGGCAACAUUCUGACAGACAGCUCUUCAGUUUAGCGCCGCCCUUGGCCCUCUUCCCCGUCCUCUGAUUGGCUGAAACAGACUGCUGCUGCCCUGACACCCCGCCCCCUGACCCUCCUCUUCCUUGUAUGUCAUCGAGCUCAUCCUCUGACAUCACAGCUGUUUUUUAUGUUCUUUUUAUCAUCGUUAUGAAAAUAAACCAAUAAAAACAUGUAAACUCCA